AUACAUUAUUUAAACAAUUAUAAAAUCUGUCCCUUGGAAAAUAAAAUACUUAGAAAACAGGAAGUGAAUCAACUAACCAAUCAGCUGUCUGGAAAACGUGGCAUGCGCAAAAGAACUUCGAAUGGCGGUGUGACAUAUGAAGGUUAAUGUUAGCUGAAACUUUAAUGCAGUUACCGGAGCCAGUUAUUAAACUGGCCUUAUGCACGUUGAACGGUUGUAGGGUGUUUCACUAAACAUUAGUGUGUCCAUUCUCACAGACUACGGAGUCAGCAGUCAUGGCUGGUCUAUCCAACUAUGCCAUGCGCAUGGCCAGACUGAGUGCACAGAUCUUUGGGGAGGCUGUGCAUCCAACAGAUACCAGAUCUAUGAAGGUGGUCAAGCUGUUCCAGGAGCAGCCCCUGGCAAAGAGAAAAGAAGUGUAUGACUGGUACCCACAGCACAGGAUUUACUAUGCCAUGACCCAGAAGCUCAGGUUUAUGGGACUAUUCAGAGAUGAGCAUCAAGACUUCAAGGAUGAGAUGAAUCGCCUGAGGAAAUUAAGAGGAAAGGGGAAACCAAAGAAAGGAGAGGGGAAGAGAGCGACCAAGAAGAAAUGAGCCGCAACAUUUUUGCUGCCUCAUCGAUCCACAGGACUUAAUUUUAUUUUACUCUUUAUGAAGGCAGACAGGAGUGGACUGUGUAUGUUAUUGUGAGGGAGUUGCUACUCCUGAAAGAACACAGAUGGUCCAGUCACAACUAUUGCUUUGUCUGAAGCUUCUUCUGUGUUGGCAAGAAUUAAUACCUAAGGUCAGCAUUACACCUGAAACAUUCUCAUCGAAGUCUGUUGUAUCAAGUAACUUGCAUCCUUGUUGGACAGCGUAUGGUCUCUUGCAUUUAAGUUGCAAGGGGUGGAAUACUGUAGUAAGAGAAAAGAAACAGCCAAUCAAAUGCUAACGUGUCUUUCAGUUGGAUGCUACUAGGAUAAUCUGACCACUAGGAUCAUCUAAGACAGUGGUUCCCAAACUUUUUUCGGUUAGGCACCCUUUUUCUCAGUAAAACUAUUUUGACCCCCCACCCCAAUGUAAGUCAGUUUUAUUUAUCGGUUGCCGUGUCCCCCUUGACUUAGCUCCAGCAGAUCUAAGAACACAUGCAACAGUGUGAGGUCUAUAUUGAUGGUUUUUCAAAAUUCAUGGAUUAAUACUUUUUGGUUUACUGCAGCUGUAAUGUACCUUAUGUCCACUUAUGAGUUGUUAGCUGGGGCUAGCUUUACUGAAAUGGAAUGGCUAGAAAAUGAUGACAUCCAUUUUGUUUUCAUAAUAAAAUCAAUGUGAUAAAUGUGUAAA